GCGGUGUUAUGUGUCGUAUGCGGCGUCGUGGCACGACCUUGAGCUUCAAGGAACUGGCGCUGUGCAAAGAUCACGAAGUGGGCGUGUCGCAAAUCGCGCUGGACAGUGUUUGCACUUGGCACUUAACAAAAUACCAUGACCUCGUUCAUUGCCGGCGCCAACCAACUCCAGCUGCUCACGCGCGGCGCGCAAUUCGCCGUCAGCGCCAUCGCCUUCUUCUGCGUCACGGGCGUCACCGGUCUUUCCGCCGGUGACUUUGCCUUUGUCACGGCCUUCCUCUUGGCUGCGCACGCCGCCCUCUACUACCUCCUCGCGAUCCAUUUCAAGAAGCUCGAGCUCUCGGCCUUCACCGUGCUCGUGACCGACGGCGUCCUCGGCGCGCUCGCGCUCAUCGCGGCCAUCGUGCUCGCUGCCAGCUCCAAGGCGUUCUUCUACUGCCACGCCAACAGCUGCGGCGCGCUGUACAUUGCCACGAUCGGCCUCUUCCUCGCCGCGGCCAUCCAGGGCUUCCUCGCGUACCUCAGCUACGCGGCGCUCUACUUGACGCCCAACAGCGCGGUCGUCGUCGAGGACCUCGAGAACCCGGUGCACGAGACGACCGAGUACGUGGCGCCCGUCGAGAUCAAGACGCCGACGGCGCAGUAAUCGAUGCCCCCUCUCUUCUUAACCUAUGUCAAUGCGAUUCUAGCAAGUGCCCA